AUGAAUAUUUGUAGUGCGUACGCACCACAGACGGGCCUGGAUGAAGAGGAGAAGAAGAAAUUUUGGGAGGCUUUGGACGAGGUGGUAAGAGGUGUGCCUACUUCAGAGAUGAUUUUCAUCGAAGGAGAUUUUAAUGGGUACAUCGGAUCUCUACCAAUGGGUUAUGAUGAGGUACAUAGAGGUUUUGGGUUCGGGGAUAGAAAUGUUAAGGGAACUGCUCUUUUAGAUUUUGCAAGGGCCUUUGGUUUAGUGGUAUUAAAUUCCAACUUUCUGAAGAAGGAGGAGCAUCUGGUUACUUUUUAUAGUAGGCUAGCCAAGACUCAAAUUGACUUUUUACUGCUUAGGAAAGGGGAUAGAGCCAUGUGUAUGGAUCGUAAGGUUAUCCUGAAGGAGAAAGGCGGGGAAAAGAGGUUCUUUAGGCUUGCCAAGUAUAGGGAGCGCAAGGGUCGGGAUCUGGAUCAAGUAAAGUACAUUAAGGAGGAAGAUGGCAGAGUAUUGGUGGAGGACGCCCUCAUUAAGAAAAAAUGGUAG